AUGAAUCUCUGCGAAAUUAAAACUAAAACACAUUCAUCAAUUGUUUCAGCUUAUUGUCACAGCAGAAACUCACUGUCGUCACUGUGCUCGUACAUCACGGGAGAUGCCCUGCUUUAUUCGAUGUUCCGGGAGGAGGCAACACCUGUGCCGUGCCCUUUUCGAGGACCUAUGACUUUCUCCUAUAACCGCGGUCACGGAACCUGUUCGGUACCGGUCAGCAACGUCGACACCUGCACCGACGAUAGCAGACUAUUGUUCAGAUAUCAGGCGUGUCCCGAUAUAUCCGCUUCCGAGAGCGCAGGUAAGUGUUUUUUUUUUUUCCUAUAGUAAAUUUAUCAAAUUGUCCUUAG